AUGGUGCCCGAAAACACGACUAAUUUGAAUUACCCGACAUCAUCGAAAACAACUGAACAUAAACUAACAAUUCCUGGAACGAUACCGUCACACUCAACAGAAAUCCAAAACGCAACACAGCUAGAUAUAAAUUUAUGGAAACAGGUGUUCCAGAAUAAUGACUUGUGCCGAGGUCUAUUGUUAUCCGAUCGUGGUCCAGAGUCAAGUUUUGAAUCGAUCCUUCAGUUCAAAAACGAUGCCUUACCAAAAUUCAAGAUCAGUGAUUCAUCAUACAUCGAAGCCCACCUUGCCUAUACGGAGCGUAGUAACUCAUAUAUACGAAGUAAAUUCGCAAAGUUCGAACCAAGCUUGCAGUGUCCGUUUCUUUCUGCAUCGUUCAAGUACGACAAAGAAGAGAAGGAAGCACGGACGAAAGAAGAGAAAACUAUUUAUACAACGUGUACGUUCAAUUUUCCUCGAGUCAUUGUCAAAUUAGAUGAAAGUUAUUUGGAACCAACAGAACAUUUUCGACAUGCUGUCGAAUGUGUGUUCUCUCAACCUUCUAAUGAACAAUUAGAAGCGUUACACAGAGUAUUCGAUAAGUACGGACAUAUGAUGGCAAGAGAGAUCACACUUGGUGCACAGCUUUAUCAUACAGAGAGAGAAUCGACGAAAAGUGACAUUGACGAGGAAAGUUAUAAAAAUUCAAAAUCGGUCGGAUUUAAAGUAUCCUUACAAAAUCUGAAUGUCGAAGCUGGUGUAAGUGGAGGAAAAGGUCAUGGCAAACUCGAAAACAACAAUAAACUCGAUCAAAAAUCAUGUAUUGUAUACGAAGCCACCGGUGGUGAUACAACACUGAGUCGCGAUCCAGGUAAAUGGACCGAAACAAUAUCGAAUGUUCUAUUAUGGCGUGUAAUUAAAUAUAACAGUAUUGUGCCCGUUUACGAAAUACUGACUAAACACUUACAACAUAAAGUUAAGCUAAUUACAAAGAGGCAUUUAUGGUCGGAGAAUCUGUAUAAUGGUCACAAGCUGAAAAUAUUUAAGGAAAAGUUUGAGGCUUUAGGAGGCACAUUUGAUGUCAAAAGCAGCAAGGGGGAAAUAGGAGAAAGCUUCAAACGUGGCACUAUGAGGCAAUACUGUGAACUGAUUCGUGAGGCGUUUUAUAUCGAUGCGUUGAUCAUAAAACACGCCGACUUGUUGAGUGUAGAUGAUACUGAUUAUUUGAUUAAAACAAUCGAAUUGUCACCGAUACGUUCUUUGCUCAUUUAUUAUGAUGGCCACAAAGGAGAUGCUUUAACAAUAGUAGGGAAACUGAGAGCAACAUGUGAUUAUUCUAACAUUCAAUGCCAGAUCCUAUUAAACUGCUGGGCAAAGAUCACAGAUGACGACGUAAAACUGCUUCAGAAUUUAUUAAAGGGAGACUAUGACAAACUUUCUCUGAAUAUCCAGAUAGAAGGUUCUAAUCAAGUACUCGACGGCAAAGAAAUAAAACUUUCUCUUGACCACGUUACAUCAACAAAACGCGCAACCGAAAACAUCGCUAAAGUGCUGAAGUGCAAUAAAACAGUCACCAUUUUCAGCGCAGAAUCCACUGAAAUGACAACGGAAACAAUACUGCCUAUGAUAGAACUAUUGGAAACAGAUUACAAAUUAACAACGAUUGAUUUAAACAGUAAUCGAAUUUCCGACGAUGGAGCCAAAGCCUUAGCAGAAAUGCUUACAGUCAACAGAACGUUAACAACGAUUGAUCUAAGCGGUAAUGGAAUUUCCGACGAUGGAGCCAAAGCCUUAGCAGAAAUGCUUACAGUCAAUAGAACAUUAACAACGAUUGAUCUAAGCGGUAAUGGAAUUUCCGCCGAUGGAGCCAAAGCUUUAGCAGAAAUGCUUAAAGUCAAUAGAACAUUAACAACGAUUGAUUUAAGGUGUAAUGAAAUUUCCGCCGAUGGAGCCAAAGCCUUAGCAGAAAUGCUUAAAGUCAAUAGAACAUUAACAACGAUUGAUCGAAGCGGUAAUGGAAUUUCCGACGAUGGAGCCAAAGCCUUAGCAGAAAUGCUGAAAGUUCGAUCGGAUUGCACCUUUUCUUACUAA